AUGCCAAAAGUUAAUAAAUCUUUAUUAAAUGAACCCGAAGAUCAUAUUUCAUUUUCUAUCGAUCAAGCUACUGUUAAAAAUACAAAAUGUUCUACUACCAAUUGGAUCAAAAAAUUUGCGGAACACUGUGAAGAAUACAAUUUAAAUGGCACUAUUGAAACUAUUUCUGAUGCUUCAAAACUUGAAUCAAAUUUGAUUCAUUUUUUUUCUUACACCAAACGUAAUGAUAAAGAAGAAUAUUCCGUAAAUUCGAUUUUAUCAACUUUGGCUGCACUUCAACGUUAUAUUACUGAAAAAUCAUCAUUAACUGGAAUUAAUAUUCAUGAUAAAAAAAUUUUUUUAACACUUAAUACACUUUUUAAUGGAAAAAUCAAGUGGCUUAGUGUUAAAGGAAAAGGCGAGACAAAAGGAUCAGAAUCACUUACUAUUAAUGAGUGCCUUCAUAUUCUUAAUCAUAGCUGUACAUCUCCAAAUACUCCAUGGGGUUAUUUAAUUGGAUCAGAUUUCGCAAAACAACUAGAAAAUACAGAUUCACACUUUUAUCUUCAAGCGAUUAAUAACAAUU